AUGGUAACCGACGGAAUGCUGCUGCUGUGUCGGAGGGGACACCACCGGAAGAAGAAAGACACCACCUUUCUCCGUCGGCGGCGGUCGAAGGCCCUUCCUCUCCACCACAUCCACCAGCGCCUCGUAGACCUGGGGAAGCAUGUUCGACGGCAGGUUAUUGUCCUUCCUCUCGGUCUUCUCGAUCCGCCAGUAGGAUCGCCGGUUUCCGUCGGCGGUUCCUCCCUCCGGCGACUCCGCCGCCCGGCGCUCGUACUCGCGGACCUUCUUGAAGUCCCGCAUGAGGUUGUCCCACUUGUCAUUGCACUGAUUCUGGCUCCUCAAGCAGCCCUUCCGCCAGCAGUAGUCCUCCACCCACUUCCACCGCAGCUCCGCCGGCUUGCCCCGCUCGCCGCCGCCGGGGGAUUCGCCCAGCCGUCUCAUUCUCCGCUCGUCGUCCAUUCUCUUGGCCUCGAUAAGGAUCAUCGUCUCCUGGAGGUUCCAGUUGCCUUUUCUGUAGUCCCUCAGCACGGCGUUGUUGUUGUGGGCUGCGGCGGAGGAUGUUGCGCCGCCUUGAUUGACCACCGUGUCGAAUGA